UGGCAAGGCUGAAACAUCUUCGUUCCGAGCUGACCAAUUGUGUGGAGAUGGUUUAGAUCUGGACAGGGAUCCGGUUGACUCCAGCCGCCAGUUCUUAUGACCUAUCUACCCUUUUCAUAGUCACAAGAAAACAAUAUCGAGGGACUACGCUCUCGCAGCUGAGUCAUUGACAUCGGCCCGACCCUACUGCGACAAUACUUCCACUUUCACCAGUCGCGCGAUGGGGGAACCAAUCAAGCCGCCAUCUAAGACAGCACGUUGCACCUGUGUUAUUGGUGGUAUGCGGGAUAUUACACGGCCACAAAGACUGUCGAAGGACGAGGCUCAUGGCUUAUGGCAUAGCUGGGACGGUCUCGAGCAAGUAUAUAUGAUGAUGUCGCCAUGAUCCUCUCUUACUACAUUGCUGUAUGUGUGUCCCUCGGGGGCAUAGUGCUUGGGGCAGCUCUCCCUUCGAACCAGACGAUACGGUGGGUGGAUUGCAGCAAACAUGUGCCAGACACCGACAUCGCCCUCAACCUCACUGGCAUCGACCUCUCGGCCUUGCCUUCCACUCUGCACUGCGGUCAACUUGAAGUACCCAUGGACUACUCACGACCUAUCAGCCCCACCAACAAUAUAACCCUUGGUCUGGCCAUGUAUCGCCCCAAAAACCCAAAAGGUGUCAUCUUUUAUAACCCGGGAGGCACCGACGCUGCAGCAGUAUGGGCGUGGAAGGCUGCAUUGAAUCGAACCUCAAGCUCCACACCCGACUUCAAUGGUCUUCUAGAGUUUGACUUGAUGAUGGCGGACACUAGAGGCACUUUCAGCUCCAACGAACUCAACGUAUCAAUCGAGGUGGUCGUUCCACUGCUCGACCCAUACCCCACAAACCAGUCAGGGUUCGAUGCUUUCCGUCAAGCUUCUAAGGCUGUGUUCCAGUCUUUUGUCAACGCGAGCACGCCGCCUGGUAUAGUCCAACACGUGGGAACUCGGGAGAGCGUUCAGGACUUUGAGAGUCUCCGUGUCGCUCUGGGUUACGACAAAAUCCAUUUCCUAGGAUGCUCCACCGGGUCCUACAGAGUCGCCCAGUACGCAUCACAAUAUCCUGAACAUGUUGGACGAUUUGUCCUGGACGCAAUCUCUCCUCAUGGCAUGACUAUCAUCAAUCAGUCACAAUACGAUGUCGCUGCAGUUAACCGAGCACUUCUUCGUGCGGACGCGUACUGCCAGAACAACGCCAGCUGCCCCUUUCACAGCCAAGGGAAGGGCAGCGUUCCCAAGGUGAGUCGGCAGCUCUUUGCCAAUCAACCCCUGCUGAGGUGGCUAACUAUCCAGAUUUACCAAGAAAUCGUAGCAGCCGCUCAAAACAGUUCAAGUUCUGCAGCAUUUGAGCUGCAGUAUGAUUUCUUGAACCUCGUUUCAGGCCAACCUGAUUUCCCACAGAUAUUCGAAGCCUUCGAAGCUCUCUUACAGGGACAGUCACUAGGAUCUGACGAUUCCUCUGUCACCUUAGCCGCAGUCGUUGGUAUACCUAUCAUCUGCAGUGACAUAACCAUUCUCGAAAACACAUUCGCCGGCUUUCAACAAGAUUUAGCCGCGAUGGAGAAGCUUGAUACUUUUCAUAUAGGCCAGUCCGGGACGAUGCAGUUCAGGCUUUGGUGCGCUGGCUGGCCGUAUUCGACUGCACCACUCGAGCCCCUGAACAUCACAGCUCCCAUGCUUCUAGUCACAGCAGAUUUUGACGUUGCCACCCCAACCGAGAAAGCCACCUUCCAGUGGCAGCAGGCGCCUAACUCGGUCCUUCUGGUCCGGCACGGGGAUGACCACGUCUCUUUCAACGAGCCCGACCUGCCCACAGCGGCAAUCAUGAGGAACUUCCUGAGCACGGGUUCUCUCCCGGCUGCCAUGAACGGCACACAGAUGUCCAUCUACCAUCCUGGCAUGCACCGCGGCCCCAUACCUGAUCCGUAUGACGUGCCGACAGGCCUCGUUGCAGGGGACAUCGAUAGUGCAGAGAAUGGAACAGUAGGGGCAUAGCGAUAUCUGAGCAAUGGGACUGCAAAAAGAGAGUCUUUUGUUGAAGGUUGAGUUGCUCUAUUCGAAGACUGGAAGGGCAAAAAUAGUGUGGUCGAAAGUUAAUGACAAAUCUGGAGCGGUCAUGAGAGUGACCGGUUCGUAAAAUCAAUGCAUACAACUGGAACGGUCGUCAGGCUUAGGGAAGGUGUCACAAAGCACCUCAUCAUAAGAGUUGACGCGCAGGAGUACAGAGAGACUAGACUGCCAAGGGGUAAUACCUUGAAGCCUUGUUCAGUGCUAGCCUUGUGACCUCAGUCUUGGCCGUGCCCU